GGCGCUCUGCAGCUCUUUAGUCCACAUAUAAACCCACUAAAGAAAGAAAGAAAGAGCUCGUGUGUGAUGUGUUUGUGUAUCCUCAGUGUUUUUCUCUCUUGAGUGUUUUAAACAGAGUCUUGUCUCUGUGUAUUUUAGUGUUGAUGAUGAAUGUGAUGUGCUGUAAAUCAGUAGGAACUGAUCUGUCCAUGCUGGAUAUUGAUGAUUUCAUCACAGAAAUCUCUCAGCUGAAGAAAGAGGUGGCGUUACUGGAGACAAAGCUGAGGUUAAGAGGAGAUGAAGGACUGAAGAGAGAGGACUCCGAGCUCAGUCUGACUUUACUCUGUUAUACUGAGUCAAAGCACACAGACGCUCAGGACACUACAGUGUGUGACAGUAAUCAGGACUUACAGGAUGAUGAAUCUACUGAUCAAACCUCCACAGAGUCUCUGGAUUCUGUCUGUAACGCUGGAGAACAGCAGCAGAUCCUGCAGACCAAACCCGAGAUGUGUUCAGUCAAACUGGAGGACUGCUCGAACCUCAUGAUGGACAUCAAAACUGAACAUACAGCAGAUGAAUAUGAAGACAAACACAAUGAUGAUUAUGAUUUUAUCCAUUCAGAUGUGAAGAGUGAAUUAUGUUUGGAUGGAGAAAUAACGUCCUCGACUCUUUCCUGCAUCACCGAUGGAGAGACAUUGAGCUCACAGAGACAUUUAGAGAGACAACACACGGAACAAAAACACUUCACCCACACCAGAUCUGAGAUCAGCUUUAAUACCUUACAAGAGAAGAAACUUCAUUCAGAAGAGCACAGAGAGAAGAAGAAGAAAUUUCACUGUCAACAUUGUGGGAAGAAUUUUGACUUUUUAUGUCAGCUGAACAGUCACAUGAGGACACACAGUGAUGAAAAGCCUUUCUACUGCACUGAAUGUGGCUAUUACUUCAUCACCAAAGGAACUCUUGAUGUUCAUCAGAGAAUUCACACAGGAGAAAAACCAUACGAGUGUCCUCACUGUGAGAAGAGAUUCAGCCACAAACCUUAUCUGAAGAAACAUAUGCUUAUACACACCAAUGAGAAACCGUAUCAGUGCAGUGAAUGUGGAAAAACCUUUAGGAAUUCAAGGUUAUUAAAAUCACACCAGAAUAUUCACUCUGAAGAGAAACUCUUUCAAUGUUCACACUGUGAUAAACGUUUUUGUCAUAAAUCUAGUCUUAUAAUCCAUGAGAGACUUCACACUGGAGAGAAACCUCAUCACUGCAGUGUUUGUGGGAAGAGUUUUAACCAACGUGUCAGUUUAGUAAAACACCAGAGAAUUCACACUGGAGAAAAACCUUACAAAUGCUCUCAAUGUGAGAAGACGUUUGCUCAAGCAGGCAAUUUAAAAGCCCAUGAGAGAGUUCAUACUGGAGAGAAACCUCAUCAGUGUAGUGUUUGUGGGAAGAAUUUUAAUCAACAUGAACAUUUAGUGAGACACCAGAGAACUCAUACAGGUGAAAAACCUUACAAAUGCUCUCAGUGUAAUAAGAUGUUUGCUCAUUCAGCUUCCUUAAAAGCCCAUCAGAGACUUCACACUGGAGAGAAACCUUACGUCUGCUCUCAUUGUGGAAAGAGCUUCUCUGAUCCAUCUAGUUUUAGAGUUCAUCAGAGAGUUCACACUAGAGAGAAACCUCAUCACUGAAGUGUUUGUGGGAAGAGAUUAGGCAAUGAGCUAGCUUUCUAAAGCACGAGAGAACUCAUACAGGUGAAAGACUUUACAAAUGCUCUCAGUGUGAGAAGAUAUUUACUCAGUCAAGUAAUUAAAGUCCAUGAGAGAGUUCAAACAGGAGAGAAACCUUUAUGUCUGCUCGAUUUGUGGAGAGAGAUUCUUAUUCUGGAAGUCUUCAGCAUCAUCAGAAGAAACACGCUAAAGAACAAACUACACUGAAAUCAUUGUAGUGCUUGUCUUGACACACUGGUUGUGUAUAUUCGAUGAGAAUAUUUGAUUCGAUAAUGUACUAGAACAAAAACUAUUUAUUUCUAUGAAUGACUUUACAUUGAUCUUGGUUAUUUGUGGUGCCAAAAGCAAAGAUUUAGUUCUCAUUGCCAGGUAACAUUUAUAAACUCUCUAAAGUUGUACUAUUAAUGGUUUUUGUUUCAUUGAUCAAUGUAUUACUUGUUCAAAAUAAUAGCAGUACAAUGUGACUAACCAGAAUAAUCAAGGUUUUUAGUAUAUUUUUUAUUGCUACGUGGCAAACAAGUUACCAGUAGGUUCAGUAGAUUCUCAGAAAACAAACAAGACCCAGCAUUCAUGAUAUGCACGCUCUUAAGGCUGUGCAAUUGGGCAAUUAGUUGAAAGGGGUGUGUUCAAAAAAUAGCAGUGUCUACCUUUGACUGUACAAACUCAAAACUAUUUUGUACAAACAUUUUUUUUCCUGUGAAUCACUAAACUAAUAUUUAGUUGUAUGACCACAGUUUUUUAAAACUGCUUGACAUCUGUGUGGCAUGGAGUCAACCAACUUGUGGCACCUCUCAGCUGUUAUUUCACUCCAUGAUUCUUUAACAACAUUCCACAAUUCAUUCACAUUUCUUGGUUUUACAGCAUUUUUGAUAUCACCCCACAAGUUCUCAAUUGGAUUAAGGUCUGGAGAUUGGGCUGGCCACUCCAUAACAUUAAUUUUGUUGGUUUGGAACCAAGACUUUGCCCGUUUACUAGGGUGUUUUGGGUCAUUGUCUUGUUGAAACAACCAUUUCAAGGGCAUAUCCUCUUCAGCAUAGGGCAACAUGACCUCUUCAAGUAUUUUAACAUAUGCAAACUGAUCCAUGAUCCCUGGUAUGCGAUAAAUAGGCCCAACACCAUAGUAGGAGAAACAUGCUCAUAUCAUGAUGCUUGCACCUCCAUGCUUCACUGUCUUCACUGUGUACUGUGGCUUGAAUUCAGAGUUUGGGGGUCGUCUCACAAACUGCCUGUGGCCCUUGGACCCAAAAAGAACAAUUUUACUCUCAUCAGUCCACAAAAUGUUCCUCCAUUUCUCUUUAGGCCAGUUGAUGUGUUCUUUGGCAAAUUGUAACCUCUUCUGCACAUGCCUUUUUUUUAACAGAGGGACUUUGCGGGGGAUUCUUGAAAAUAGAUUAGCUUCACACAGACGUCUUCUAACUGUCACAGUACUUACAGGUAACUCCAGACUGUCUUUGAUCAUCCUGGAGGUGAUCAUUGGCUGAGCCUUUGCCAUUCUGGUUAUUCUUCUAUCCAUUUUGAUGGUUGUCUUCCGUUUUCUUCCACGUCUCUCUGAUUUUGCUCUCCAUUUUAAGGCAUUGGAGAUCAUUUUAGCUGAACAGCCUAUCAUUUUUUGCACCUCUUUAUAGGUUUUCCCCUCUCCAAUCAACUUUUUAAUCAAAGUACGCUGUUCUUCUGAACAAUGUCUUGAACGACCCAUUUUCCUCAGCUUUCAAAUGCAUGUUCAACAAGUGUUGGCUUCAUCCUUAAAUAGGGGCCACCUGAUUCACACCUGUUUCUUCACAAAAUUGAUGACCUCAGUGAUUGAAUGCCACACUGCUAUUUUUUUGAACACACCCCUUUCAACUAAUUCAACUAAUUGCCCAAUUGCACAGCCUUAAGAGCGUGCAUAUCAUGAAUGCUGGGUC